CAGCUACAGACCUUCGUUCCAAACCAAUGCUGUCGCAUUAGGAAAAUGACGAUUUUAAUUCUCACCCUGCGCUUCUUUUUUAUAAUAUCACUUAAUUCUGUUCAAUCACUGAUUGAACCACCAGAAAUACAAAUACCACGCAACUAUCUAGUACCAAACACAAUAUGGGGAAAAUAUCCUGCGGGUCAAAUACUAAAAAUAAAUGGAUCUUUUUUUAUAAUCGAAACAAAUCGUCAAAUUACACCACUAUCAGGAUAUGAGUUCUUGAUUGUCAAGAAGAUUAGGGAUGGAAACCCCAGCAAACAAAAAGAAUAUUGUAUACCACCAGUCACUUUUAAGUUAGGAGAUAAACUGCAACGUAAGAAGGAAAAAAUUAGCCUGUUUGCAGGCCCCACGCAGAUCAAUUAUGAACGACAUUCUCUUUUCAACGAUUUCGGUCAACAAAAACUUAUUACGCCUUUGAAUGGCGACGAAUUAUUGCGUGUUGCUGAAAAUACUGGCCGUUAUGUUACUAUUGCAAAAUAUGUGAAUAAUAGAUGGAUCGUGUCGAAACUUAUCUUAGACAAUGCACAUCAUGGUCUAGGAGAAUCAUUGCCGUGAUAAAACCAGUAACAUUUUUAUGAAUUAUUCACAAUAAUUAUUAUAAAUAAUAUAGUAUGUCUUAGACAUAUCGAGUUUGGAUCAAUGCUCGAA